AUGACUAGUGUGGCACUCCCCAAGGGACGCGAUGGAGCGGCGGUAGACACGCGCACGCCUUCUCCCUCCCCUUCGCACAGCAGCGCCAAUGGCGGCGACGCGUACAAGCCGGACUUGUCCAAAGAAGUCUCCAUGCUGAGCACGAAACUGAUCAACGCUAUCAACUACCAGACCAAUCUCGACGACUCUCUCCAAAGCACUCGGCAUCAGCUGGAAAAGGCGCAACAAGAGUUGCAGAAGGUGCGAGCGGAGAAACAAAGCCUGACUGACGCUGUGACGCAAGGCGUACUCGUGAAGAAGAGCGAGGUGGAUGUCACCAUCGCCGAAAUCCGAGCGGAAUUGGCGCAGGAGAAGGAGAAGAGGGAGAGCGCGGAGAGAGUCAAGAGGCAGACCGAGAGCGAGGUGGAGACUCUGACCGGCUCGCUGUUCGAGGAGGCUAAUAAGAUGGUCGCCGAGGCCAGACGGGAAACCGAAGCCGCCGAGAAGAGAACAUCGCAAGUGCGAGCGCAGCUCAGCGACACAGAGAUGUUGCUCGCGUCGCAACAAGAGCAGUUGCAAGACUUGAAAUCGACCAUGGAGGCGCUCGAGCGCAGCGCUACGAACAUUGCCGCUCAACGGGAUGCCAGCAUGCCCUCCACCCCGGUCAAUCGCCACUCAGGGGCAUUCGACGUGCCGCUGGCAGGCCCUGUUGUAGACCAAGCAGAUGUUCCUCCGAACCAUCCGCUAUACUUUUCGCAUCUCAUCCAACCAGUGAUGCGGAACGAUGUAGCAGCAUACAACGACUUCGCCGAACUUAUCUCGACCGCGAAGAAGGUAGCUCCUCCACACUCACGAUCCGCAAGCGGGAACAUGGCGACCUCUUCCAGCUCCACAAAUUUGCAUGCCAAUCCAAACAACACCAGCGCAGCGAAUACUUCUUCCCCAAGCCUGCCAGGCUCCUUCACAUUCAGCAAUUCCAGUAGCCCGUCUACUUCCGCCUACCAAGCUCCCGUGCCCGCUCUGAAAGACACCAAAUUCUACAAGCGUGUUCUUCUCGAAGACCUGGAGCCAACACUGCGCCUCGAUCUAGCACCAGGACUGUCCUUCUUGAGUCGGCGCUCCGUCCUAUCCGCUCUGCUCAACGGCACCCUCUUCGUCGAACCCCUGGCACCGAGCAGCACCUGGAAGCUCUACGCACCCGUCUUCCCGUGCUCUUUGUGUUCCGAGAGCCGCAAGACGGAGCCUUACAUUCGGCGCCACACCUUCCGCACCUCCGAGAGCGACGAUUCUUCUCGCUACCCGUUGUGCGACUUUUGUCUAGGCCGCGUGCGAGCGGCGGGCGACUUCAUUGGCUUUCUGCGAAUGGUGAGGGAUGGAGUGUGGAGAGCGGAAGGCGAGGCCGGCGAAAAGGGAGCAUGGGAGGAGGCGGUAAGGUUGAGAGAGAGGAUGUUCUGGGCGCGAAUUGGCGGUGGGGUUGUGCCC